CACAAACAGAUGGAUGGGAUGGAUCGCAUACACUACAGUGACAGAAAAGACACGUAUGCACCAACGUCCAGUCCAUCCCUCCCUCCCUCUUUGUGAGCCGAUUAGGAGGGUGUCGAAAAGGGAGGGUGGGGCAUAUCUGACCGCAUGCGCACACACACCCAGAGAUACAGACAGACACGUCACAUGCGCUCAUAUAUACGCUUCCCCUUUGGCUGGCUGACCGACCCGCAAUGAUGAAUGUUUGGUUGUCGCCGCAGAAUAUUCUGCGUGCCUUGGCGAUGUUCUCCAGCUGAUCAACAACUAUCGGCACGUCCACACACCCGAUCUGAUGCACACAGGCACACACACACACACACACGCACACAAACAUAGGUAAAUGGACAGACACCUGUGGAUGUGCGUGUCUCCGUCCGUCACCUUGUUGCCAAAGCCGUCGGUCUGCAUGGCCGCCAAAUCUCUGAAUCGACACACCCACACACACGCACACAUCCAGCUGACAUUCACUCUUGAUGUAAUUCUCGCUGCCCUGCUCACUGACCCGAGCAUGGCCCCACACGCGUCUCCCCUGCCCCAGGAGAAGACCUCCCCGCCCUGCGUCACCGUGGCCGUGUGAGUCCCACCGCACUGGAUCUGCACCACUUGCUGCAGCCAACUCACACGGAGACACACACGUCGAUAUGCGAGUUUAUCUAUCUGUCUGUUUUGUUGGCUGUCAGACCUGUUCGUGCAGGUUGGAGACGUAGCAGGGUGAGUGGCAGAAGGAGUUUUUCUCCCCCGUGAAUGCGUUCUCGUGCGUCCUCAUGCUGCGGUCCCUCUCGACCUCGGACAGUGCCAGCUGCCCCUGGGUGCCCAUACCCCACGCAUACACACCGCCGAAGGGCUGCACCUCCAUCGACGCUAUCGGCUCGCACCCACGACCUGACACUGCCUUCAGCUCUUGACCAGCCUGACGACAAAGAGGGACGGAGGGAGGGAGCCAUGGCUCCAUGUGUGUGGUGUAGUCUGGUGUAGGUGUUUGUAUGUCAGUCAUUUGCUGACUGACCUCGUAUGUGAUCUGCAGUGUGGGAACGCGAGACAGCAGGGACUCGUCGAAACCGUUGGCCGGCGGGUCCUGCAGAGCCACGUCAGGCCGCCACGACUGAUGCGCAACGAUGACGCCCUAACCAUACACCCCGACAUGCAGCACACAGGUGGUAUCCAUAAGCGUGUCUCGUCAUGCCUGCUUGUCUCUUAUUGUGACCUUAGGUUCAGUCUUGAGCACUUUCUGCAGUCGUUCGAAGAAGGUGUCGACCUUGACGGACACCAGCAGCCCGUCGGUGCCGCUGUCGACAUAGGGCGGCGCCCACCGGUUGGCGCCCGUGAUGGUGUUGUGGUAGUAUACGCGGCCUGUGAACUCUUCACGAGACUCCACCCAGUCCUACGCACACACACAUGCACUGGAUGGAUGGAUGGCAGCCAGGGUGGCGAGAGGACCUUUGCCUCUUCUGGGACGCCUCCAGGACUCUGUUUGGCCUUGUCGGCUGUGAGUUUGAGCAGGUGGUCCUUAAGGAACGAGCCGUGCUCGUGAGACAUCGUGGCCACGGGCAGGCUGCAUCAUGGCCAAUCGUGCAUUCAAUGCUCGCCGCGUGUGUCGUCUCUCAGUGUGUGGGCGAGUACCGACUUUGCCAGAUCGGCGUGUUUGUCUUCAGGCGGUGUGAUGGUGAAGGGCUCCAUCUUCUCGGGACACACAAAUAGACAGGCCAUCGCACCGGCAGCAGCAACCUCUACGGCCCUACACAGACAGACAGACAGACACUCAAUCGAAGGUGGGUGUGCCUUUGCUUUGUUUGUUGGUUGCUUGCCUCGUUGACAAUGCCUCGCUGAGUUUGUCUGCGUCUCGUUCAGUGCCGGUUGUGUGUUGCAUCUCGAAUAUGCAGAUGCGGCCGCUGCAGUCUUCCUUCUCCCACUUGCCUUUGUCGUCGGCGAUCGGCAUCAUCAACUUGCCGCCCAACUGACACACACACACAUGGCCGGCCGCACUCGUGUGAGGCAUUUUCUCUCCCUCCCUGCCGCCUGUUGACCCCAGUUUUCGGCGGUAUCUCGGCUGUGUUAUCAGCCAUGGUGAGCUUGACGUCAUAGUCGCUCGUCGUCAGCUUCA